AUAUUUUAUUGGGUUUUGCCAGUGUCAACAAUGAUUAAUAGCAGAUAUCCCUGGACUGUGUGUGUAGUGUUAACACUAUUUUAUCAAACAAAUUGUGAAUGUCCUAAAAUAUAUACUCGUAAUGAAUGGAACGCUCGAGAAGCAAUAAGCGUCAGACCGUUAAAAGAAGAUCCUCCACCGUAUGUGGUGGUCCAUCAUUCGGCAACUCGCUCAUGUUUUUCAGUUGAAAAUUGUACAAAGCUUGUAAGAAGUAUACAAAAUUAUCAUAUGGAUAACAAUGAAUGGGAGGAUAUUGGUUACAACUUUUUGAUUGGAGGUGAUGGAACUAUCUUCGAAGGUAGAGGAUAUGGUUUACAUGGUGCGCAUUCUAUUCCAUAUAAUAGAAGAAGUUUAGGAGUUUGCCUUUUGGGAAAUUUUAAAAAUACAAAUCCUCCUAACGUACAAUUGAAAGCAUUGGAAGAUUUUUUGUCUUGUGCAGCAGCUGAUAAUAAAAUUACUGCAGAUUAUCACCUUAUCGGACAUCGACAAGCUGAUAAUACAGAAUGUCCUGGGGGGCGACUGUAUGCAAUUAUUGAAAAAUGGACUCAUUUUGAAUCCAAUCCACAAGAUGCUUCCCAAAAGAAACUGUAAACACAACAAAAUUAUUUUUUUAAUUGAAUAAAUACCUCUGUGUCGCAAUGUUUUUAGACUGUAAUUAUUAAACGAUGUAAAAAUUC